AUGUCCAGUCGAAGAAGACAUUACCCACAACCACAGUAUGCCCAAGGUGGUUUCAAUCAACCAGCCUUUAACGGUGUUAACCCAGGACAACAGCCUGGCCAACCCGUCUAUGGUGCAAACCCCGAUGCGUUAUCCCAACAAUUUCAACAAUUGAACGUGGGAGGAGCGCAAGGUGCCCAAUACAACGGUGUAGGAAGUGGUGCCAACGGUGUUAACGGUGGUGGUGUUUCUGCGCCUAUCAUUCCCUCAAAUGGAAGCGGAGCAUAUGCUGGCAAUGGUAUCGGUGGUGGUCCUGCUGCUGGUGCAAACAUUGGCGGAUCUCAGUAUGGUGGGUCUCAGUAUGGUGGAUCUCAAUAUGAUUCAUCCGCUGGAGCCCAAUAUGGUGGUAGUGGUGGCGUUCCUAAAAAUGCCAGUGCUUAUAACAAUAAUCAUAAACGAACCACAAGCUCCAGCAGUCAAUUCUACUCUCAAUCUUAUCCUUCAGGUGUUGGUGCCGCUGCAGUCGGUGGCCAUCAAGAUACUACAGGUGGUGGUUAUUAUGCUCAACCUACACAACCUAAUGCUUUACCUUUGAAUCAAUUGUAUACUUGUGAUUUAUUGAGAGAAUUACCUCCUUCAAUUAGCGAUUUAUCUUUACCUCCACCUCCAAUUGUGUUACCUGCAAAUUCCAAAUUAAUUCCUAAUGCUGGAACUGAGAAUGCAGCUCCAGAAUACUUUAGAUCUACUUUGAAUGUGGUUCCUACCAAUUCUGCCUUAUUGAAAAAAUCCAAAUUACCCUUUGCUUUGGUUGUCAGACCGUACACAGCUUUACACCAAAAAGAUGAGAACAUUCCAAUCACUUCUGACACUGAAGUUUGCAGAUGUAGAAGAUGCAGAGGUUAUAUCAACCCAUUUGUUACAACUCUUGAAAAUGGUGUUAGAUGGAGAUGUAACUUUUGUGGGUUACAAAAUAACGUUCCAAAGGCUUUUGAUUACGAUGAAAACACCAAUCAACAAAAAAAUAGAUGGGAAAGAGUUGAGUUAUCCAAUAAUGUGGUUGAUUUUGUUGCUCCCAAAGAAUAUAUGGUAAGAGCUCCAUUACCUAUCAUCUACACUUUCCUUAUAGACGUUUCAGUGGAUGCAAUUGAAAGUGGAUUAACUGCAACCAUUACCAGAACAAUUUUGGAGACUUUGGAUAGAAUACCAGAUGACCAAAAGACCGCCAGAGUGGCUUUCAUUGGUGUUGACUCCAACUUACACUUGUUCCGUUUCAAUGAAGGUUUGGAUGGAACCGAAAUUUUAGUUGUUUCAGCUCAUGACGAUCCAUUCUUACCUUGUCCUGAUGGAUUCUUGGUGUAUUUGAAUGAAAAUAGAGCAUCGAUCGAAAAGUUGUUGGUUGAUUUCCCUUCAUUCUUUGAAGGUACAUCAAAUUCAUCCUUUGCUUUAGGUCCUGCGUUAAAAACGGGUCAUAAAAUGUUGUCUUCAACUGGUGGUAAAAUGGUUGUUUUUGGCUCUACUUUACCAAAUGUUGGUAUCGGGAAAUUAUCAGUUAGAGAUGAAGCAGCCUUUUCUGGUAGACCUAAGGAAUCUCAACAGUUAUUAAAUGCAGCUGAUUCAUUCUAUAAAUCAUUUGCAGUUGAAUGUAAUGGAUCUCAAGUCUCCGUGGAUAUGUUCUUGACUUCUUCAACAUAUCAAGACGUUGCUACAUUAUCUAACUUGCCAAGAUACACAGCUGGUCAAACUCAUUUUUAUCCAGCAUGGACUUCUGCAAAGACAGAAGAUGUUACUAAGUUAUCCAGAGAAGUUAGUGAGCACUUGUCUCAAGAAUUUGCUACUGAAGCGGUCUUGAGAGUUAGAGCAUCCACUGGUCUUCGUAUGACUGCUUAUUAUGGUAACUUUUACAAUAGAUCAUCCGACUUAUGUUCCUUCCCAUCCUUCCCCAGAGAUCAAAGUUAUACUAUUGAAGUUACUGUUGAAGAAAACAUCAACAAACCAGUGGUAUAUUUCCAAGCUGCUGUCUUAGAAUCCGCCUAUGGUGAAAGAAGAAUCAGAGUGAUGACUUUGGCACUUCCAACAUCAUCUAAAUUGGAUGAUAUAUAUGCUUCUGCAGAUCAAUUGGCUAUUGCCAAUUAUUUUACUCAUCGGGCUAUUGAUAAGGCAUUAAGAUCCACAUUACAAGAUGCCAGAGAUUAUCUUACCAAAUGUGUUGUUGAUGUUUUGAAUGUUUACAAGAAGGAAUUGGUUGCUGGUAAUGUUAGUGGCGCAUCCCCAUUGCAGAUUUCAACCAAUUUACGUAUGUUACCCUUAUUAUUGUUUGCAUUAAGCAAACAUCUUGGUUUCCGUGCUGAAAAGGUUCCUUCCGAUCAUCGUGCUUAUGCGUUGAAUUUAUUAGGGUCUAUUCCCAUUCCACAACUUGUCAAAUAUAUUUACCCCAGUGUUUACUCCUUACAUAACAUGUCUGAUGAAUGUGGAUUGCCUGGUUAUUAUAAUCAAGUAAAUGAAGAAACAGGAGAAGAAGAAACUUUUGAAACAGGUGAGAUAGUUUUACCCGAUCCAAUUAACGAUUCACGUGCUUCAUGGGAAAAUUAUGGAUUGUAUUUGAUUGAUACUUCUAGUGAAUUAUUUCUUUGGGUCAGUGGUGAUGUUGUCCCCGGGUUGGUUGCAGACUUAUUUGGUACUGAGAACUUGUAUGAGAUUCCAACUGGUAAGGUUGAAUUACCUGAAUUUUCAACUGAAGAAAGUGAAUUCAAUUAUCGAGUGAGACAAAUUAUUGGCAAGCUUAGACAACAAAAGGACUCUGUUGUUUGGAAGAACUUGUACAUUGUAUUGGGAGGAUCUUCUAACGAACCUAUUGAAAUUUCCCAACAAAGAGAUUUGAUAGCUUUGAGAAUGUGGGCUCAUAGUUGUUUGGUAGAAGAUAAGACUGGCAAUGCUCCUGAUUAUAGAGAAUUUUUGACAUCGUUGAAGAACCAAGUUACCCAAUAA